UAAAAUGUGCUUUUGUUUUGUUUUUUCCCUUGUGAAUUUGUGAUUGUUGAUAAGAAAAGCCCCUCAUUCCGGCGAUGGAAAGCAAAAACACUGCCAAAACAGAUUGCGGAUGUGAUCCUUACCUUUUAUCCUUAGUGGAAACUAAUCAGGGCCAAGAAACUACAGUAAGGAAAUCGAGUAAAACUGGUCUUUUACUGGCCUCUCUCACUGGAGGUGCCGCUAUUAUUCUGAGUGCCGUUUGUUUCCCUUUCGUUUCCCCUGCUUUGAGACGAGUUGUUCUGCCCUAUGUUCCAGCAAGCACACAACAAGUUGAAAAUGUGAUGAAAGCUCUUGCAAAAAGCCAUGCAGGAGGGCGAAAGUUAAUUGAUCUUGGCAGUGGAGAUGGAAGAAUAGUUUUGGCCGCAGGGCAAAAGGGCUUCCAAAGUCAUGGGGUUGAACUCAACACUGUACUUGUUCUCUAUUCCAAGUUGACUGCUUGGAGAAACAGAAUUACAAAUGCAACCUUUAGCAGACAGGAUUUAUUCAAAGUAGAUUACACAAAAUAUAACAACAUUGUCAUCUUUGGUGUUGAAGAAAUGAUGCCAGAAUUAGAGCAAUUGUUUGAGAGAUCUUUGAAAUCUUCGAGCCAAGUCAUUGCGUGUAGGUUUCCUCUGCCAAACUGGAAACCUUCACACGUCAUCGGUGAAGGGAUCGACACAGUUUGGGUAUACGAAGUGUGAAAGGAAACAAAACAGUCCAACCGAAUUCUAGUGUAUUUAUAUCAAACAAAUAAAACCCUCUAUGAAUAGUUA